CAAACAUAUAUAUGUAGGUUUUAAAAUAGGCCAGAUUUAACGUGUCACAGAUCGUUGCACUUUUAGGCUUAGGGUUAUUUUAUGUAUAGAGAGGGUAGGUAGAGCGCUUUACUAAUCUGUCGUAUCAAUCUAUUAGAAUACAUCGAUACGUUUUGGGCUGAGGGUGUGAGAUGUGUUAGUCAGGCCUACCAGUAUACUGUCGCUAGUGGGCAGCGCCUUUCGUAUCCAUCUGUGCUGUAAUCAGUAAUAUAGCGCCUUUCAUUUGUGUUACAGGAUGCCUUCCAUCAGUUGCAUUCUGGUUCAACCACCUGUUGCAUCUGUCCCUCGCUAUUAUAUGAGGGGCGUUCAAAAAGUUUUAUAUUUUCAUUGGAAACGGGGAAGAAGGAGGAGUAAUUCGGCGUUAAAAAGUUGGCACGACGCUGGGAAAAAUUGCAUAGCAAACGAAGGUGACAGUGGAGAAUAGAGAUGUCCUCUGUGUUUGAACUUCUUAAUAAAUAGAGUUUAAAAUGUGCAGAACCUUGAACGUCCCUUGUACAGUGCCAUUUUCAUCUGCCUACCCAUCUUAUAUGGUGCCUUGUAUAAAGUGCGUAUUUAAUCUCUUUACCCGUUAUAGAGUACCCUUCACAUGUCCCAUCUAAUCUUCACCUGCCUGCCUUAUCUCUUGUAACGUGACGUCACUUGUAUCUUUUCUUUGGUGACUUUUUAUACUUGUAUCUCGGUUACAUUGUGCCUUUGAUGUCUGGCAGUUCUUUGCCAGUUUAUUAUGUGAUGCCCUUUAUCUCUGUUGUGGUGUCCCUUACACACGUCUCUGUGUUUUAAAGUGUCAGCUGCCCAGUGCACGUCCUGUCUGUCUGCGCUUUGUGACUUUUAACACCCGUCUCUCCCUCUUUCUCUCUCUCUGUUAUGUUGUGCUUUGGAUAUCCUAGGGGGGUGUCUCCUCUCUUCUGUAGUACCUUUCAUGUCAUUCUGUUAUAUAGUGCCUUUCGUCUCUAUCUGUCUAUCCAGGUGCUGCAGGCAGUGCUGACUCGCGGAGUGUUGGCAGACGUGCAGGAUUUCCUAGAGACCAGAGUGGGCAUGAAGGGGGCUCAGGAGUCUGCCAGAGUGCCACCUGUGAUCAGGGUCAAGCCAGAGUCACCCACUGAUGUCCCCUGUCAGACUAAAGGAAGAUGCACGCCGGCCCGUAGAUGUUCUGCAUGGCGUAGGGGACAGUGUGCCUUUCGGGGAUGUGGAGACCUCUGUGAGAGGAGCCUCUUCUGCUCGUGCCUGAGAUUUCCAGCACUCUUUCGUCACGGGACUCCAGAUGAGGAUGAUCUCCCUGAUCUUGGUGUCCGGACAGCAGUCUCCCAGUUGUCGUCCCUAUGGUGGGGGCAGGCAGUGGUCACCACCAACAGACGCCCAGAUUCCCUGUUCUUCUUCUCCUCCUCCACCUCUGUUUCUUCUUCUUCUUCUUCCGAGUUUCUCCGUCCUUCCCUUUUAGACGAUAAGAGAAUUACGAGCAGAGCAUCUGGUCCAGCGGUGGCGGCAGCACUCGACCGCCUGGUGCAGCUCCACCUCAGCUCAGAGAGAUCCCAGAAGCAGUGCAGCUCGUGUGGGUGGCGAGGGCAAUGCCAUGCAGGUGCGCUCUGCAGGACGAAUGGGGCACGUGUGAUGCGAGGGGACGGGCGCCUAAGUGGAUUUUUAUAUAAUCCCGCUUGUGUGUUAUGUGAUCUCUUGUUGUCUCCAUCACCCCAUUCAUCGGCGUGCGAUUAAAUAUUACACAACCGCAGCAGACCUGGCUUCAGGCUGGCCACCGAGUGG